UGAAUGUUGAAAACCUUUAGCUGUAAAGUAGCUCUACACAAGACAAUAGUGUAAUUAUUCAGUGCGCUUUAUUUCAGUGAUCCAGUUAAUUUCAGAAGCCGCUCUUUGUAUAUUCAUAUCCUACAUUUAUCACCCUCUGCUCUCUAGACACAUUUAUUGGCGGCCAAUCUGUUGGUUUUGUUCACAGUUGGCUCUGAAUUUCCCAAAGAAGGACUCAAGAGAAAAUCAAACCGAGCAAAGGAGAAAAAACAGAGAAGACUUGAAGAACGGGCAGCUAUGGAUGCAGUAUGUGCUAAAGUGGAUGCAGCCAAUAAGCUUGAAGAUCCUUUAUCUGCCAUGCCAGUGUUCAAAAAAUAUGACAGAAAUGGGCUAAACCUGCAGAUUGAGUGUAAACGGGUCACUGCGUUGAGUCCAGAUACAGUGGAAUGGGCCUAUGAGCUGACCAGAGCCAACAUGCAGACGCUAUAUGAACAGAGCGAGUGGGGAUGGAAGGAGAGGGAGAAGAGGGAAGAGAUGAAGGACGAGAGAGCCUGGUAUCUGCUGGCCCGUGAUGCUGACUCCACACCUCUAGCCUUUUCCCACUUCCGAUUCGAUGUGGAGUGCGGAGAUGAGGUGUUAUAUUGUUAUGAAGUGCAGUUGGAGAGCAAAGUCAGACGGAAAGGCCUGGGGAAAUUUCUCAUCCAAAUCCUUCAGCUUAUCGCCAACAGCACGCAAAUGAAAAAGGUCAUGCUGACAGUAUUUAAACACAAUCAUGGGGCUUACCAGUUCUUCAGGGAGGCUUUACAGUUUGAGAUUGAUGAAACCUCACCCAGUAUGUCGGGCUGCUGCGGCGAAGACUGUUCCUAUGAGAUCCUGAGCAGGAGAACGAAGUACGGCGAGGUCUCAGGCCACGCACAUGGAGGCCACUGCGGAGGAUGCUGCCAUUGAGAACCAGUGUGUUCAUUCAGAGCUUCCUCAUCACCCACAAUCCCCCAUAUUCAUCAGCGAAAACCCCCCUCUAUGCUUGCUCUUGGUUUGUUUUAACUUAUAAAGCUCAUUCGCCAUUUCAUGUAAUAAGCGAUAGUGUGCUGUUUUUGGGUUUCCUAUAAGUAUGAAUGACAAAACAAAAUGGCAGUAAGGCCACUGUGAGCCAGAUGUACCUUCUCUCACCUCAGGUGUCUGAAAAGAGCCCGUUUCUCUUCUUCAUCAGCUGUUUUGUUACCGCAGUGAGUGAAUGCAAGUGUUGGUCACAGUGGUUUUUACGGCCAUUUGAUUCUCUACCACUUUUCAGGGUAAACGCGUUUUAACUAAGAGCUGAAGUUUGCUUCACACGUCAAGAAAAACAACUAUCUGUACUGUUUGUAAUUCCUAAUCACUGAAGCUAGACUGUCUCAGGUCAUUCAACUUCAAUAUUUUAUAACUACGACUAUUAGGGGAAUUGAUGGAUGAGGAUUAUAUCGGCAUUUGAUUUGAUAAAGAAGUUGGCAUGUUAGCUAGUGUAGAAAUAUGCUUUCGUUUUACUUUGUUUUUUAUCAUAGCAUACUUUUAUCAUGUCAUUAUUGUAUAUUUUCAUUUUUUUCUCUCUCUCUCUCUUCUCUGUAUAUAAUCCGUUUGCCAUGUACAUUUUAUUUGCCUUCAGAGACAUUGGAAAAAUGAUAUACAAAAGUUUAAAACAGUUUGAAAGAUGAGUGUCCUUGUCUUGUGCUCUCGUUGAACUGAAACGAAAGGUCAUUCCUGCUUUGUGUUUGAUUUGUAUGCAUCAAAUAAAAUAAUCUUGUUUGAUGUUCAGUAGUUUCAUUGUGCCUCAAACAGACUUUGAGUAAGCUGUUCUUGGCUGUUUAAAUUAUUAGUAAAAAAAAAAAAACCCCGCAAUGAAUCAUGCUGUGAAAAUCAAAUCUGCGCACUCUGUUUUAUUAAGAAUAGCGGCUUUGUUUGAGUCCUUUGAACCUCACAUUAAAGUAAAGACCAG